CCCGCCCAUAGAAAAUUAGCCUGUAAAAUCUUGCGUCGCAGCUCGGCCUCGCCCUUACAACCACCACCUUCUCUCACCUUCCGGAGUCUCGCUCCAGCAACAAACACCACCUCCACGCCCUCUUCGCGGCCCAGUUCGAUGCAAUGAAUCAUCGAGAACACUCCGAUAUGCCUCCGGCGCCCUCGUAUCCCUCUCCCAACGCGGCGCAGAUGGGCCAGGGCACCAUGCAGUACUACAACCGUCAGUUGACAACCGAUGAGCUCCUCUCUGCGGAACUCUCGCGUGAAGCGUCUGGCGCCAAUCUUCAAGAUGGCGGUAGCAACGGUCUGCAUCAUGGCCAGCCUAUGGUCUUGGGUCCUUCCAACCCAGGCGCGCCUGAUAUGGGUCGUCCGCAGUCUGCAGAUCAACAACAGCAACACAUGCUGCAGUUCACUCCGAACCAGCAGGUUGGCGUCGAUCCCAACCAUGAUUUGAGCUAUGGAGACCAGAGCGCGCGUAGGAAACGUUCGAAAGUAUCUCGCGCUUGUGACGAAUGUCGGCGCAAGAAGGUUCGCUGCGAUGCCACAUCCGAGUCCGGGGUCGAAACAUGUUCCAACUGCCGUCGUCUGGGUGUAAACUGUCAGUUCAGUCGGGUGCCGAUGAAACGAGGACCCAGCAAAGGCUAUAUCAAAGAACUGGCCGAACGGUUGAAUACUCUUGAAAGCCAAAUGCAGCCCGCGAUAGGGCAGGCUGAGAUGCAGUACCCAGCGAUCAACGAUGUCGCGUCGCCGAGAGGUUACCAGGAGUUCUCCCCGCCUAUGGAUGGAAAUCUGCUUAGUCGUAAACGGACCUUUUCCAUGUCAGAGAAUUUCCCUACCUCUUCGUUUCCGCAGGGUUCUUUCAUGUCCCGCGCACCUCAUCCUGGUCUUGCUGAACACUCUGACUUCUACAGCCAGCCGCUUCACAACGGUACUGGCUCUGUCCCUAAGGCUACCCAACCAUUCUGGGCUAACGAGCACGGUCUACAAGAUACUCUUGAGGUCACUGACGAGGCUAAAAUGCCAGAAGAUAACAGCCCGGCGGAGGUGGAUGAGGGGUCGCUGAAUGCGUACUACCAAUGCAUCCACCCCAUGCUUGGGUUCCUUCCCGACAACCGGGAACGGUUCCUCGAGAUUCUACACCAGUGUCCGCGUGAAGUGCAGGAGGCUCUUCUCUACGUGUUCUAUGCGGUCACGGACACGAACCUGGACCGUGUCCAGAAUAAUUUCAAGAAGGUCUUUACUCUAGACAAUGUUGUCGACAAACUCUGGCAUUACCAGCAAGGGAUGCCGCCUCUCCGUGACAGCAUCCCUGCCAAUAUGGUUUGGAUGUGGACGUUGAUAUGCCUUGUCCUGGAAUGCGACGCACGUGGCCCCGAGAGCAUUCGUUAUCGGGAUCCUUUGCAGAAGAGUGUCAUCAUCCAAUUUGCCAUCAGGCACGCGCGCGCUCUCGUCAGGAGCCUGGGGGAAUUGAACCCGCCUAUCCCAUACGAUCGCCUUGCGCCCGCUCCGACCACCCCAGAUGGUGAUCUCGCAUGUCGUGCCUAUGCCACGCUUGCCGUUCUUUCUCGUUGGCAUGAUGUCAGCGUUGGAACCUCCGACCUGUUUGCGACGAAUGAACCAGUCCGUUACGAUCCAGACACUCUUGGGUCCGGCCUCGAGCACACUUUCCAUUUAUCCGAGUUUCUGCCUCACAUCACCGAGGUCAUCGUUUCUGGGGUCGACUUGCUCAACUGGAGCGUGGCGGCACCUCGUGUAAUGAGUCGUCGCCUGGGUACAGAAAUUCAGAGGGUGGCUGCUCUGAGCCGGAAAAUCCCUGGAGCAAAUGAUCCAAACUCUGCCAUAGGGCGUUAUCUAGACACCGUGGAGAGGCUUAUUUAUUGGUUUCUCGGUGUCAUGGUCAAACGUCAAAUUGCUAUAUCAGACGCAUCCGACGUCCUCUAUCCCUGCCAACGUAUCAUUGAGGAUCUGCUGAAGCAGAUGACGACUGGUCCUCGCAUGCCAUCUCCCUUUGACCUCCACGCUCUAGCCCUCAGUGUGAUGAGUCUUCUUGAGGCGACCGAUCUCCCUGAGCAUGCCAAAGAGUGCUGGGAAUGGCUGGACAAGGCCAAAGAGCUCAUUGACCUUCGUCACCAGCGCACCAAUGAGGGAGGAGAGUUCUCAAACAUCUUCGCCACUCCGGUCUGGGAUGCUAAAAUACGCACCGCCAUCGAAAGGAAGCAGGCCAGGGCUCAGGCGCAAGGCCAAGGACAGGGUACAGCCGCGAGCAAUGCGAACACCAACGCUAACACCAGCGCUUCGACUGGAGCUCCGCCGGUGAUGGGACCUAACGAGCAGCGCUCUUUGCAGCACCUUGCAGACUUGGCAGUUGGAGCGGAAGGCAGCGCUGCCACGAACGCCGCAUCUCCUCCUAUCUCUGCAGCUGACGGUAAUGCUGCAGGCUCUGGUCAUCCCGGUCAGACCAACACUUCCACUCCCGGCCAGAACAGUCAGAAUCAGCAGUCCCAGGCGCAGCCACCUGUCUACAUGUACAUCGAAUGGGGCAUGCUCACCAAGAAAGGCUACCUUAAUAUCUUCGCUAAAUAUUAAGUCUAUCACUUUUCUUAUCUUCCUGAGGUAGUCAUCGACUCUCAAGUCGUCGACACUCGGAAUGUCAUUUCUCUUUCGGGUAUGUCUUUUAUGACAGA